UUUGGCAUAACUUUCUUCACCCGGUACACAUAUACAGUAUUUCACAGAACUGAUCGUAACACAAUCAGUAUGAUGCAGUAAAAGAGGCUGGUUACUACACCAGUUCAUGUUACAAUUAUACACAGGGAACAUCAUAAGCAUUACGAUGUUGUAUCAGAGGAUACUUUUUCAUCUCCUCGUUUGUAUUCUGGUAUUCUCGCCUUCAAACGAAAUAGAUCCAACAACAUUUGGAUUUGAAUAUUCCAGCUACACCGUUGGCGAAGCAGAUGGUUCCUUGAGAGUUUGUCUUCAUGUUAAAGAUUUUGCGGGGAAUCCCUUUGCAGGAAAAUUAACAUUCAGAAAUGGCACUGCAACAAGUGGAGAAGAUUACUCAGAUGAGGAAAAAUCAGUUUCAAUACAAAGUUCUCUUCAACAGUAUACCUGCGCUAAUAUUGACAUAAUGCAGGAUAACAAUUACGAAACAAACGAAAAUUUUACAAUAAUUGUGACGUUGAAUAACAAUCCCAGAGUUCAAAUAGCUGUUGGGAAAGCCGCAGUUACUAUCACAGAUGAUGACGAUAUCGACGAAUGUUAUGCAGGGACUCACAAUUGCCAUGAAAAUGCCUAUUGUAACAAUACUGAUGGUUCUUUCAAUUGUUCAUGUAAAUAUGGUUUCAGAGGAAAUGGAACAGAUUGUCAAGGUUUGGCUUAAGAUUUCGACGAAUGUGAUGCAGGGUGUCAUAACUGCCAUCACAACGCCUACUGUAAUAAUACUGAUGGCUCUUUCAAUUGUACAUGCAAAAAUGGCUACUCAGGAAAUGGUACAGACUGUCAAGAUCUGGACGAAUGUGGUGCAGGGAAUCACAGUUGCCAUCAAAAUGCUCCAUGUAACAAUACUGCAUGAUGGUUCUUUUGUUUGUUCAUGCAAAAAUGGCUACUCACGAUCAGGAAAUGGAACAGACUGUCAAGAUUUAAACGAAUGUGUUGCAGGGAAUCACAGUUGCCAUCAGAAUGCUCUCUGUAACAAUACUGAUGGUUCUUUUAAUUGUUCAUGCAAAAUUGGUUUCAUUGGGAGUGGAACAGACUGUGAAGAUUUCGACGAAUGUGAUGCAGGGAAUCACAGUUGCCAUCAGAAUGCUCACUGUAACAAUACUGGUGGUUCCUUCAAUUGGUCAUGCAAAAUUGGUUUCAUGGGAAAUGGAGCAGACUGUCAAGAUUUAAACGAAUGUGAUGCGGGGACUCACAACUGCCACCGGAAUGCUCACUGUAACAAUAUUGAUGGUUCUUUUAAUUGUUCAUGCAAAAUUGGUUUCAGGGGAAAUGGAACAGAUUGUCAAGAUUUCGACGAAUGUGAUGCAGGGUCUCAUAAUUGCCAUCACAAUGCCUAUUGUAAUAAUACUUAUGGCUCUUUCAAUUGUACAUGCAAAAAUGGCUACUCAGGAAAUGGGACAAGCUGUCAAGAUUUCAACGAAUGUGAUGCAGGGAAUCACAGUUGCCAUCAGAAUGCUCACUGUUACAAUACUGAUGGUUCUUUUAAUUGUUCAUGCAAAAUUGGUUUCAUUGGGAGUGGAACGGACUGUGAAGAUUUCGACGAAUGUAAUACAGGGAAUCACAGUUGCCACCAGAAUGCUCACUGUAACAAUACUGAUGGUUCUUUUAAUUGUUCAUGCAAAAUUGGUUUCAUGGGAAAUGGAACAGACUGUCAAGAUUUAAACGAAUGUGAUGGGGGGACUCACAACUGCCAUCAGAAUGCUCACUGUAACGAUAUUGAUGGUUCUUUAAAUUGUUCAUGCAAAAUUGGUUUCAUGGGAAAUGGAACAGACUGUCAAGAUUUUAACGAAUGUGAUGCGGGGACUCACAACUGCCAUCAGAAUGCUCUCUGUAACAAUACUGAUGGUUCUUUUAAUUGUUCAUGCAAAAUUGGUUUCAUGGGAAAUGGAACAGACUGUCAAGAUUUAAACGAAUGUGAUUCGGGGACUCACAACUGCCAUCAGAAUGCUCACUGUAACAAUACUGAUAGUUCUUUUCAUUGUUCAUGCAAAAUUGGUUUCAGAGGAAAUGGGACAUAUUGUCAAGAUUUUGACGAAUGUGAUGUAGGUUCUCACAAUUGCCAUCGUAACGCUUACUGCAAUAAUACUGACGGUUCUUUCAAUUGUUCAUGCAAAAAUGGUUUCAGGGGAAAUGGAACAGGCUGUCAAGAUAUCAACGAAUGUAAUACUGGGACACACAAAUGCCAUCAAAAUGGCUACUGUAACAAUACUGAUGGUUCUUUUAAUUGUUCAUGCAAAAAUGGAUUCAAAGGAAAUGGAACAGACUGUCAAGGUUUGUCGUAAAUAUUUAAUAA